AUGAGAGUUCUGAAGGAGAGGAGGACCCACGGCACAGCAGAGACAUUCCUACUGGAGCAGCUGGCGCGCCCCCUGUGGCCAUGGAGGACCCCGCUACCCUCCCAGUGCAGCCCAGGACCCGAUGCAGAAUCACGGAGGAGUCAGGUGGAGAUCCACCAGAGGGUCCAUACAGGGGAGAAAUCCUUCAGCUGUACCCAGUGUCACAUGCACUUCGCCAAGGCUGGCAACCUGAAGAGGCACCAUAUGGUCCACACAGGGGAGAAACCCUUUAGCUGUAGCCAGUGUCACAUGCACUUCGCCCAGGCUGGUGACCUGAAGAGACACCAGCGGGUCCACACAGGGGAGAAACCCUUCAGCUGUACCCAGUGUCACAUGCGUUUCACCCAGACUGGUGACCUGAAGAGGCACCAGAGGGUCCACYUGGGAGAGAGGCCGUUUGCCAGUACGCACUGUGGGAAGAGGUCCUCAGAGAGGAGAUACCUCAGGAUGCACCAGCAGAAAAACAAUUCCACUCUAUAACAUAGAAAGUAACCAUUCCACGRGAUAUCCUCUGACAUUUAGAUCAAACCCUGAUUUAAAGACAAAUAUACAUUUUCAUUCUUGUAAGCAAAAUAUAUCCACAUAUGKAUUUAGAAUAACGAGAGUAACAGAUUUCAAUGUUGAAUAUUCCUGGGUAAAAUAUUGCAUCCAGACAUUGUGUGGAACACCUUCCUAAUAUUGAGGUGUCGAAAGCGUUCCACAGCAUGCUGGCCAAUUUUGACUUCAAUGCACAGUUGUGUCAAGUUGGCUGGAUGUCCUUUGAGUGUUGGACCAUUCUUGAUACACAUGUAAAUUGUUGAGCGGAAAAAACCCCAGCAACGUUGCAGUUUUUGACACACGGUGUGUCUGGCACCUGCUACCAUACACCGUUCAAAGGCACUUAAC